UCUAUGUUUUGAGAGUGUCUACGCUAUGCUGGUGACUCGGUGACUCAAAAUCGAGUGAGACACCGAACACAGAGAAACGGUGUCGUUGACCUCCAAAUUCUAUGACGUUGUGCUGUAGAAUUAGGAGGUAUGUGCAUGUAACCUUUCUCACCAAUUCUCACUCACUCGCAUCUUUCUCUUUUGCUCCGAACACUAAGAGCAUUUCUUCUUCGGUUCACAAAAUUGACGGUGCUAUUGCAUCAUUUACUCACAUUAUCAAUAAGCACCAUGCUCCAUCUGAAUUUGAAAUCAACAAAAUAUUAGGGUUUCUUAUCAAGAUGAAACACUAUCCCACCGUUACUUCACUUGUUGCAAAAAUGGAGUUUAGGGGAAUCACUCCUUUCAUGGUUACUCUGAACAUCUUGAUCAAUUGUUACUGCCACUUGGGUAAGAUGGGUUUUGCUUUUUCUGUAUUGGUUAAGAUUAUCAAGAUGGGUUAUCAAUUAAAUACCAUAACUUUGAAUACCAUAAUGAAAGGGUUGUGUAUUAAUGGUGAGGUUAGGAAAGCACUUGAAUUUCAUGAUGGAGUAAGAGCUAAAGGGUUUUUGCUUGAUGAGGUUAGUUAUGGGACCUUGAUUAAUGGGCUUUGUAAAAUUGGACAAACAAGUGCUGCUAUUGAGUUGUUGCAAAAGCUAGAGAGACAACCUUUUAAGGUUAACAUUGUAAUGUAUAAUACAGUUAUUGAUGGGUUAUGUAAAGAUGGGCUUGUAACUGAGGCGAGGGAUUUGUUUUCUGAGAUGAUUGCUCGAGGAAUUUCUCCUGAUGUUUUCACUUAUAGUUCUUUAAUUCAUGGUUUAUGCUGUUUGGGUCAAUUGAAAGAAGCAGAUCGGUUGGUGAAUGAAAUGGUUCAGAAUAAUGUCAACCCAGAUGUGUAUAUCUUUAACAUACUCAUUGAUGCAUUAUGUAAAGAAGGGAGAAUCAGAGAAGCCCAAAAUAUGUUUGAUAUGAUGUUGGAAAGAGGUCAUAAGCCGGAUGUUGUCAGUUACUGUUCCUUAAUUGAUGGAUACUUUUUGAUCAAUGAAGUUAACGAAGCAAGAAUGCUAUUCGAUGAAAUGAUCGAAAGGGGUUUGACAAUUGAAGUUUGGUGUUACAGCAUUAUGAUUAAUGGAUACUGCAAGAAUAAAAGGGUGGAUGAAGCCAUGACUCUUUUUAAAGAAAUGAAACAAAGGAAUUUAGUUCCUAAUACGAUAACGUACAAUUCUCUUAUUGAUGGCUUCUGCAAAUUAGGGAGAAUCUCAUGUGUGCAGGAUCUUCUUUAUGAGAUGCAUGCUAGUGGUCAACGUCCUAAUGUAGUCACUUACAGUAUUUUGUUGGAUGCUUUAUGCAAAACCCAACAUCUUGAUGAAGCUAUUGCAUUAUUUCAGCGAAUUGUUGACAAAGGAAUUUGUCCUAAUGCAUAUGGGUUCAUCAUACUGAUAGAUGGUUUGUGCAAAGGUGGGAGACUUAAAACUGCACAAGAGUUGUUCCAUCAUCUUCUUAUUAAUGGCUAUCGAUUAAAUGUCAUGACAUAUACUGCUAUGAUCAGUGGGCUUUGUAAAGAGGGCCUAUUUGAUGAAGCAGUGACCUUUCUUUCAAUAAUGGAUGACAAUGGUUGCUUCCCUGAUGCUGUAACGUAUGAAAUAUUUAUUAAGGCUCUUCUUCAAAAGAAUGAAUAUGGUAUGGCAGAGAAGCUUCUCCGUGAAAUGAUUUCUAGAGGACUAUUGAAGAAGUUAAGAUAA